UUGUGAAGCGUUAUGAAAGCAACAGAACAUCCACAGCUGACCUGCGCGUCUCCAUGAAUGAAGGAUCUCCCGCAGAGCUGCUGACCCACUGCCUUUCAAUGGGAUCCUGCUGAGCGAUUCCCAUUUAUGUAGUUUAUAUUUCUGAGAUCAUCAUGCAGUGGGAGGCUCAUAUUCGGCUCUGUCAGACUUGUUUUUGGUACUGUAGAAGUUCUCAGCGGCUGUUUUCUCUCUCUGCUGCACACAGGUCACAAACCAAUUACUAUGAACUUCUCGGGGUGAAACCGGAUGCUACGCUGGAACAAAUUAAGUUUGCAUUUUUCGACAAGUCUAAAAAGUUGCACCCAGACAGUGACCCAUCCAAUCCUGGUCUGCACACACAGUUUGUGCAGCUGAAUGAAGCGUACAGGGUGCUGAGCAAAGAAGGGUCCAGACAGGAUUAUGACCUCAGGCUGAGGUACCAGUAUGCUGGAGGUCAGGCCUUCAGAACCUCCUCCAGCUCCUCCAACAAUCCCAGCUGGGAGGCUAAUGAGAGCAUGCGUUACUGGGAGCAGUUCAGACAGGCCCAGCCUCAGGAGAACACCCCAGAGGAAAGGGAAAAGAAAAAGAAAAGAAACAUGCGAUUGGUGGGCUACUGCUUUCUCGCCAUGAUCCUCAGCGUCUCUGCACAUUACUUUGGCUUCAGGAAACUGGAAGAGGUCCAUAAUAAUUUCAUGGAUGAGAAGGACAGAGUCAUCACCAAGAUCUACAAUGAAUCGAAAGAAAGAGCCAGAGCGAACGGCAUUAAGAAGCAGCAGGAGAUCUUAAGACAGAAGCACGCCGAGUUCUUGGAGAGAUUCAAGAUCAACGAAAACGGAGAUGAGAAGUGAAGCAAGGAAAAGGCCGAGCUAACGAAACUCAUCACACGGGGUUAUGGACAGAGUGCAGGUUGUGGAUGAAUGUGGAAGAAUGUAUUUUGUUAAUAGUUUUUAUCAAAUUUUCUAGGGUUACUACAUGUGAGAUCUUCAAAUAAGGUCCUUGAAUGCUCACUGGGUGUUUAAAACUGGGUCCCACUUUAUAUUAAGUGUCCUUAACUACUAUGUACUUCCAUCAAAAAAUAAAUACAAUGUACUUACUGUGUUAAUGAUGUAUUUGAGAACACUUGUGGUGCUUUUGAGUUGGGAUAGAGGUUGGGUUAUGAACAGGUUUGGUGGUAUGGGUAGGUUUAAGGGUGAGUUAAGGUGUAAGGGAUUGUCCCAGCUGAGGACAAUUGUAAUUACAAAAGUUAAUUACAGAUGUAAAUACAUACAGGUAUUUAAUCAAGCAUAAGUACACAGUUAAUACAUGUAUUUACACAAGAAGUACAUUGUAACAAACUAUUAAUUCCUGUGUAAGUACUUAUUAGUUAAGGCCACUAAUAUAAAGUGGGACCAAACUGUUGCAAUGUUUUUUGCUUUGACCCAGGCCUGUUUUUUAACCCAUAGACGUCAGAUUAAGGUCACAGAGCGUGCAAGGCAAGUCAGGCUGAUUAUAGGCCAGCAUGGCUCCUCAUAAGGUGUUAAAAACACCUGUACACAACAUUGCCUGCAUUUACAGGCGACAUUGUAGCUGCACCUGGAAAGAGUGUUAUGGAAACAUUGCAUUCCUGAUAAAGUAGUUCAUCAAAACACUGACAACACUGUACAUUGUGCACUUUGUUAAGCUUGGUGUGUGUGUGUGUGAGAGAGAGAGUUUCUCAUAGGAGAAUGUUCUUCAGAUGGACAGAUCAGGGCUGUCCAGCGUGAGUUUUAUUUCAGGUGCUGGGUAUUUUCCAGCUAAAUUGAAUGCAACAUCAAAUAAUCUUAUCUUAAACAGGAAGUGAAUGGCGGUUUGGCAAGUAAUGAGUCGUUUCUUUCACCCGUGUAAUAGAUCUAGGCUUCAUAACAAAUGCACUUCCUACAAGUUAUUAUACAAUAACUGUAGAGCAAGAUUAUAUUCUUGGCAAACUCUUGACAGACCUCUGCUGCCAUAAGGCAGAGCUCCUAAAAGGAAUUCUUUUUAGAUAUACAGUUGAAGUCAAACUUAUUAGCCCUCCUAUGAGUUUUGUUUUCUUUUUUAAAUAGUUCCUAAAUGAUGUUUAACCGAGCAAAGUAUUUUUCACAGUAUUUCCUAUAAUAAUUUUUCUUCUGGAAAAAGUCUUAUUUGUAUUAUUUCAGCUAGAAUAAAAAAAAGUUUUCAUUUUUUAAACCCCUUUUAAGGUCAAUAUUAUUAACUCCCUUGAGCAUUUUUUUCCUGAUUGUCUACAGCGAUAUACAAUGAUUUGACUAAUUAACCCAGUUAAGCUUUUAAAAAGCACUUUAAGCUGAAAACUAUGAUCUUGAAAAAUAUCUAAUAAAAUAUUAUUUACUGUCAUCGUGGCGAAGAUAGAAGAAAUCAGUUGUUAGCAAUGAGUUAUUAAAACUAUUAUGUUUAAAAAUAUGUUGAAUAAAUCUUCUUUCCUUUAGACAGAAAUUGGGGAAAAAAUAUAAAGUGGGCCUAAUAAUUCAGGAGGGCUAAUAAUUCCAAAUUCACCUGUAUAAGUCAUUGCCUUAUUUGAAGAAUAGAAUAGAAUUUUAAGAUUUAACAUUUAAUGUAAUAGCCAGAGCGCCUUCAUCUUUAUAAGUCAAAUAUUGAUUUUCUGUGGAAUCAUUCUAAUGCAAGGCAUUGGUUUUUGCUAUGAUGAAUAAUUAAAGAUGAUUAUCUCA